AUGCCUUCCCCUGGUCACACGCAGGAAGACUUGAAGAACAUCCAAAACGUCACCCGGUCGUUGCCCAGGACUGACGUGGCGCGGCUCACGGAGCAGACGAGGGGCAACCUGACCUUGCUGGUGCGCAACCUGACCGGGGCUCUGCCUAUGCUCAUGCGAAGGAUGGCCACACAGGGAGCCGAGAGCACGCGGCCACUGAGGGAAUUUGUGACCGCGCUAUCACACAAUCUCAGGAAUGCCUCGUUGGCUCUCUCAAACAGUGGAAACGCGAGUGGAAACUCCACUGGCAGCACCCUCCCAACGGCCAGUCACGACCUCCUGCAGGCGUACGACGGCUUCCAGUUGGCCGUCAACAACGGAAUGCUCGCGAUGUCCGACUUGGUGCGCGGAUCGCUGAAGCUCGUCAACCCGGCCAACUGGCACGUUGGCCGCGUCGGGCUUGGCGCCGGAGAUGGACAAACGCCACAAGCUGGCAUCAACAAGUUCAUCGGGCAGCUCUUCAGGAGGAGAGGCUAGGCGUGUGUAGCAUAGUUUCAGGUGUUUACAUUUUUUUCUCACGUGACG